AUGACAGGCAGGAUGGAUUCGAGCAUGCAAGAGACCGAGCAGAUCUUUCCGUUUGAUUACAACGAGAACGAAACGUAUCAGCACUCAAGCUACGUGUCUUACUCUCUCAAGACCGACACUAACAGCAACCGACGCGAGUUUACCGCUGUUUAUGGAUCCAUGCCCAUUAGAGGCUCAAGUCGGAAAAGCAAUAUACCCGUAGCCCCGAGACUCUCCGAGUCAGAUGCACUGCUUGGCAGUAGUGAUCAGCACAGCAAUCAAAGUGAGACAGAGAGUGAUAGUGACGGUAGUUGUACAAUCAGCAGCACAUCGAGCUCACUCCAGUCCAUUUUAAGAAUACCAUCAACGGGCUUUUCAUGUCGAAAUCUAAAGAAACAAGUAUCGGUCGGGUUUGCACUCGAUAUUCACGACGAGGACAAAGACCAAGAUACCAAGCGACGACUUGAUGGAUCGUGUGCCACACGUUGUAUGCCACGCCGAUUGACAAUUGAGGAAAAAGCGGCGUUGUAUCAAGUACGGCCUGACUUGGAGCUCGUUCCUACAAUCUUGCUACUGUCCGAGCUUGAGGAGAGACGAAGACGGCGCCAACGCAAGCUCAUGUUUUCUAUUUUGGGUGCGUCGCUCAUUCUGUUGAUGAUGAUUGUCUUCUACUACCUCGUCUCACAAAUGUAA